CUGACUAUGUUUUGGAAGUGACUUCCUUCUCUUUUCAGAGUUAGAGGACGGCUCGAAAUGGCUUACCUUCUUUUCACCUGCCUUGUUCUCCAUGUUUUGUCCAUUUGCUCUGCUUCACCACCGAAUUUCGUGCUCCUCUUCGCAGAUGACCUGGGAUUCGGGGACUUGGGCUGUUAUGGACACCCGAGUUCACUGACUCCUAACCUGGACCGCCUAGCAGCAGGAGGACUUCGAUUUACAGAUUUUUACUGCACCAGUCCGGUCUGCAGCCCUCUCAGGGCAUCGUUGCUGACAGGUCGCUACCAGACUCGCUCAGGAAUCUUUCCAGGUGUAUUUUACCCAGGCUCCAUUGGGGGUCUCCCACUGAAUGAGACUACCAUUGCAGAGGUGUUGAAACCUUUGGGUUAUGCCACAGCUGCUGUGGGGAAGUGGCACUUAGGCUAUGGAGCCAAUGGAACAUUUCUCCCAACUCAACAGGGGUUUGACCAGUACUUGGGAAUCCCAUACUCUCACGACCAGGGGCCAUGCCGCAACUUGACCUGUUUCCCUCCAGAUGUAAAGUGUUUUGGAUUGUGUGAUGUUGGAGUAGUAACCGUCCCUUUGGUCCAUAAUGAUAAGAUCAAGCAGCAACCAGUCAACUUCCUUGAUCUGGAAAAGGCAUACAGUGACUUUGCAACCAAUUUUAUAAUCACAUCUGUCAAGGAAAAUCAACCUUUCUUUCUGUACUACCCAUCACAUCACACUCACUACCCUCAGUAUGCUGGUACCAGAGCAGCAGGUCACUCUCUGAGAGGUCCAUUUGGUGAUGCCCUCUUUGAGUUUGACAGCACAAUAGGAAACCUAAUAACAACCCUGGAAAAGAUGGGCGUGAUCAACAACACACUUGUGUUCUUCACUGCUGACAAUGGGCCUGAACUGAUGCGUAUGUCGCGUGGUGGAAAUUCAGGCCCACUGAGAUGUGGCAAAGGUACAACAUAUGAUGGAGGCAUGAGGGAGCCAGCCAUUGCAUUCUGGCCAGGGGUCAUUAAACCAGGGGUGACCCAUGAGAUGGCCAGCACUCUGGAUAUCCUCCCAACCAUUGCAAGUCUGGCUGAAGCCAAGCUUCCCCCGGUGAUACUGGAUGGGUUUGAUAUGACAGAUCUCCUCUUUCACAAAGGAAAGAGUAAAAGGGAGGCAGUGAUGUUCUACCCCAUAGAUCCUAAUGAAAAAUACGGCCUGUUUGCUGUAAGAUUGGGAAAGUACAAGGCCCACUUUUACACGAGAGGCGCCACCCACAGUGCUACCACCCCUGACCAAGAUUGUUCCGAGUUUGCGGUCCUCAAGGCCCAUGAUCCACCUCUCAUUUUUGACCUGGAGGCCGACCCCUCGGAGCACUACCCUCUUCCUCUGGACGAGAGACCCGACAUCCAAGCCGUGCUGGUGCAGAUAAAGAAAGUCAAGGCGCAGUUUGAGGCGACCAUGGUCUUUGGAGAAAGCCAGAUAUCAAAGGGAGAGAACCCGGAUCUUGAGCCCUGCUGCAGUCCUGAGUGUAGCCCCAAGCCCACCUGCUGCCACUGCUGAUUGGUGGUGAGGGCUUUGGGGGUGUUUGUGAAGACAAGGUGGGAGGAGACAUACUGCACUGAAUUUAUCCUAAAAUCUAAAGAUCAGAGGACAUUAAGGUCAUGUGGAGUUUUGCACUAAUCAUUUUCUUUUAGCUUCUGGAGAAUAUAUCUCCUCUUGUUAUUGAAAAAGAAUACUAUAAUAUUUUCCUCAAUGAGGAAAUUUUCUUCUGAUUAACAUUGACGUCUUUUAGUACUGUAUGUUCUCCAACUUGAAUACAAAUGUUUGAAUAUUUGUACAAAAAUGUUCACCUUAUUUUUCCUACAUAGUCAAAUUUAUGUGAAGCUCAAUAAAGACAACAAAAAAGUUUCAGA